AUGAGGAACUAUAUAGUGCCUCUGGCUGUAGCUGCCUUUGCAACUGCAGCCUGGAUUCUUCUUUCCACGCCAGGCGCAGGCUUCGAUCCUCAAAAAGUGCUGGCGAAGGGUCGCGCAAUUACUUCUCGGUCUUGGGAGUUUGGAACGUUCUCAGAAGCUCUCCUCGAGUUCUGUGAUCGCGAGCUCACCGUCUUUGGGUCUGAUGCUUUCCCGGACGGACGGAUUCCCAAGGUCAAUAACCCCUCGAAAGUCGAGGGUCUUGCGUAUGCAAGAGCAGUGAUAUGGACCAACGGCUCGGAUCUACUGGUUGAUGGUGAAGGCUCAGCAGCGGAUCCUGCGUCCCUGGGCACAGCCGCCCUGCUUCUAUCUCAUUACAAUGUGACCUACCUCGAGGCUGCAAAGCGGCAGGCCGACUACCUCAUGACAAAAGCCACCAGGUUCCAUGUGCAUGCCAUGUCCUCACCCAUUUCGCACCGCGAUGAGCCCCCCGAACUCUGGGGUGAUUUCGUCUACAUGGUGCCUCCAUUCCUUGCGUAUUAUGGUGUGGCACUGCAGGACAUGCAGGUCUUAGAAACAGCUGUGCAGCAGUGUCAACUCUACAACUCCGUUUUGAGGACAAACAUUUCGCUGGAGGACGGGCAAACUUGUCACGGCCUUUGGAGGCAUAUCGUCUCAGAGCCCACACAGCUAGAACCGGGAGUAUGCUGCUCAGACCCGGAUGUAUGGCUUACCAGCAAUGCAUGGGCUGUAGCGGGAAUGACCAGAGUCCUGGCCACGAUUUCGAAGUGGCAGCCUCCGCCAGACAGUUCAAUCGAAGUGCUCCAAUACAACGAAUUCAAGGCAAGAAGCACAAAGGCACUCACAGAUAUCAUUGACGGUAUGCUGGAAUGCACCAUGGUCCAACACCGGGAUGAAAUGUCGGGUCUCCUGAAGAACUAUCUGGACGGGCCAUCGCAUCGAUCUUCUGCCUGGGCUUAUGGAGAUGCUGCUGGCACUGCACUGAUGACUUCCGCCGUCUAUAGAAUGGCGGUUCUGCUACCACAGGUCUAUGGAAGGCCGCACUUCCUCGACUGGGCCGAACAGAACCGUUAUGCAGUCUCCAAGCAUAUCAGCCACGACGGUAGAGUUGACCCGGUGGCUGAUGUCGGCCAUGUCCCAAGUAAAAGUCCCGUCAAUCAGACGAGCGAAGGGCAGAGCAUGGUGAUCCUGAUGUACAGUGCGUGGCGCGAUUGCGUGGCUGCCGGAGUGUGCAGUCCCCAUGUGCGCCUCUGGGAUACGAUAUCGAGGAGAUUGAUUGUAUGGAGGUGGGCAGAAGAAGGAAUGGGGUUUUGA